CAAGCUGCCCAGUGGACUCUAGGGAGCAUUCCUCCGCCUUUGACAGAUAGGUCUGGGGCUCGGACAUGAGCUCCCAAGAGACCCCACAAGCUCGGAGAUUUCCCAUAGAGGCAGGAGAUUCUCCCAGUCUGGCGACUGCCCCUGAUACCCAGGAGCCGGUUGCCCCUGAGCGCACUGCAACGAGGCAGCUGCGAAGAUGUCCAGGGUGCCACUGCCUGACCCUGCCCAACGUUCCCAUUGACGUCUACAUUGCCAUGGGUGGGAGCCACAGGCCACGAACAACCUGAAGUCUCCCCCAGGUCAGGCUCAAGUCCUGAGGCCAUGGCGGCUGUCCCAGGAAACACGCUGACAGCCGGACAACAGCAAAGCAAGCCACACAGAACAGUGACGCACAUUUUAAUAAAA